AUGGAUAUUAACGCUCAAGCUCACUUACUCCACUUAAGAAACUUCACUUAUUUUUCCUUCUUCUCCGAGCUGCAGCAGUCAGAUCAUGUUGCCACUGCUAUUGUCGAGACCCUGGCUAUCACCUUUGUCUUCCUGGUGUCCGUGGCAGCAAAUGCAGGAGCUGCAGCCCUGGUAACGUGGGAACGCAGACUGCUGGCCAACAAGACCAUCCUGACCCUCAACUUGUUUGUGGCCGACCUGCUGUUUGUCAGCAUGAUCCCACUGAUUGUGUCAGUGCGGUGGACUGUGUCCUGGACGCUGGGGUUUUCGGCCUGUCACACUGUGCUGUAUGUCAUCUGUAUGAGCGGCUGUGUCACCAUCACUACCCUGGCCUCCAUCAGUGUGGAGAGGGUCCAGGCAAUCCUUCGGCUGCAGGCUGUGCCCACUUUAAACCCCAGGAUGGUGACUGCCACCCUCUUAUUCAUCUGGGCCUUUUCUGCACUCACCUCCAUACCCCUCAGUCUGUUCUUCACUGUGAUGGAAGUGGAUUUCCCAGAGCAGAGCCGUGUACACAUUUGUACUCUCAAGUGGCCUGACACAACUGGAGAGAUUGUGUGGAAUGUGGCCUUCACUGCCCUGUGCUUCCUUCUCCCAGGAUUAAUAAUGGUGGUCAGUUACAGCAAAAUAUUACAGAUAGCUAAAAGUUGUAGGCAAAGGCUUCGACCCAGAAACAGACAGCCCCCAGUUGGGGACUGUCUUGAAUAUCACAUCUCCCGCCAGGAUAUGAAGCUCUUCCGUACUCUUCUGGUCCUAAUGCUCUCUUUCUUAAUCAUGUGGAGCCCAAUUUUCAUCAUUACCUUCCUCAUCCUGGCCAGGAACUUCCUUGGUAACCUAUGUGUCUCCUCUACCAUGUUCUUCUGGGUGGUAACGUUCACAAUGGCCAACUCGGCCCUCAAUCCCAUCCUCUACUCGCUCUGCCAGUUCAAGAACGGCUGGCGCAGGCUCUGCUGUGGCUCUGUUGUAGCACCGCUGACAGAAGGAGCUUGUGGCAGUGGUCAAACACAAGCAAAACAGACAUAA